GAAGAAAUGCUCAGUCUUGAACCAUCUCGCACACAGGGUGCGGGAAGACGUUCAAGAGGCAACGCAGUCUAACGCUGCUUUCAGGAUGGUGCAUUGGUGGUGGCGUCGGUGUAUGUAAGCACUAGGUUAAAACAGCGAGUCGUACAUAAACACAGCAGCGCAGUGGAGGCAGCUGUGACCCUCGUGAAGAGAAUGUAAGCUGUGUGUUGGCAUUUCUUGGGCUAUCUGGAAUGCCCAAGGAGAAGGGGAGUUUUUGAAAAAAGAUGGUCUUGGAAUGAAUUCAGUGAUGGAGGUGGCUUAAUGGGAUUGAGAGUGGAAAUUGUUCCAUUCAUAAAGCCACCACGAAAAUGUGAAGACUUUCAGCUGAACUCUCAUCUCUCAACACUGGCAAAUAUUCAUAAGAUCUACCACACCCUUAAUAAGCUAAAUCUAACAGAAGACGUUGGCCAAGACGAUCACCAAACAGGAAGUCUGCGGUCUUGCACCUCUUCAGACUGCUUUAGUAAAGUGAUGCCACCAAGGAAAAAGAGAAGACCUGCCUCUGGAGAUGAUUUAUCUGCCAAGAAAAGUAGACAUGAUAGCAUGUAUAGAAAAUAUGAUUCAACUAGAAUAAAGACUGAAGAAGAAGGCUUUUCAAGUAAGAGGUGCUUAGAAUGGUUCUAUGAAUAUGCAGGUACUGAUGAUGUUGUAGGUCCUGAAGGCAUGGAGAAAUUUUGUGAAGACAUUGGUGUUGAACCCGAAAAUGUAGUUAUGCUUGUCCUAGCUUGGAAAUUGGAUGCACAAAACAUGGGUUAUUUUACUCUACAGGAAUGGUUAAAAGGAAUGACUUCUCUACAAUGUGAUACAACAGAAAAACUCAGAAAUACUUUGGAUUACUUAAGAUCAUUAUUAAAUGAUUCUACAAACUUUAAACUUAUUUACAGAUAUGCGUUUGACUUUGCACGGGAGAAGGACCAGCGCAGCCUAGACAUAAACACUGCCAAGUGCAUGUUGGGACUGUUAUUAGGAAAAAUCUGGCCCCUUUUUCCAGUUUUUCACCAAUUCUUAGAGCAAUCAAAAUACAAAGUUAUUAAUAAAGACCAGUGGUGCAAUGUCCUAGAGUUUAGCAGAACAAUUAAUCUUGACCUCAGCAACUACGACGAAGACGGAGCGUGGCCGGUUUUGUUGGACGAGUUUGUGGAGUGGUAUAAAGACAAACAGAUGUCCUAGGACUGUGUGCACAGCAGCGAGAGAGUCACUGUUACCACAGUUAUGUCACCCAUUAGCCAUAAAUUGCUGUUUGUACCCAAGCGCAUGCUGCUUUUCUUGCACUGUCUCCCUUUUGCAGGGACGCGUGGUGUUUGCUGUUGAAUGGGCCAGCUCUGCUUGCUGUGUAGCACUGUUCUCUUGGAAGGCUGCUUUGCAGUUCGUAUUUACACUACAGAUUGGUGAAUUUGCCAACGUCCUCACUGUGAUUACGUGUAUAUUGCUGUUUAAAUUUUGUAUAUGUGUAUAAAAAGAAAAAGCUUCACCUAGAGAUUAUUUCUUCAAAAACGUAUUGUAAAAAUAAUUUUGUGGCAUAUUUCUAGUCCCUUUUUUCAAAGGAACCAAUUAUCCUCUAUUUGGUCUCAACUGUAGCAUUUCAGCAAAUAAGACAAAACAACUGUUACCUGAGUAAACAUUGCCAGAAUUAACCUUACUGUCUGAGAGGCCAACUUUUGAAAGGAGGUGGGAGUCUUAACUUUUCAGAGGCAAAUGCCAAAUAUAAUUUGGUUUACUCAACAAUAUUAGCAUUUUAAAAUGACGAAAAUUAUAAUUAUCUGAACAUAUAGACAUAUAACAUGCCACAAAUCAUUUCUACCAUGCAAGGUAUAGUUUUUUGUUUUUUACUAUUAAAACUACAGUAGCUUGAAUAUAGGUACAAAUGAACAAAUUCAAAUUGCACCUUCUUUUAAAAAUGGGGUUUAAAUGCCUGUAAACAUUCUUUACUGGUUUCUCUUUUUCUUUUUUCCCUUUUGCAUUCUUCUAGCCAGUGUUGGGUCCGCUGGUACUCUCAUGCCACUCUACAUAGAAUCGUUUUGCCGCCUCGUGGACACCUUGUGGUUUGCUGGCAGUUGAUAAAUGCAGAGCACUUUUAGUUGCGGCUUGAAUUUUUAGUUCAGCUUUUCUGGUGUCUGAUUUCUAGUUUUCUGAAAAAAGAACCAUACUACAAGUGAGAGGUGUUUCGUUUUGUUCUGUUUUGUUUUCCUUGUUCGUUUCUGUCACGCUGGGCUUUUUCUGGCAGCAUGUCCAUUGCAGGCAGUGGACGCGUAACCACCAGCACCGAGGUGACCCAGUUCUUGCUAGGACCUGUCUUGGAGGGGCCACUUGUCAUUACCCGAGUCGUUUGUACAGAAGGGGGAUAGCCAUUGUUUAUGUGGAUGAGGAAACGAGUAAGCAGGAUGGUGUUUUUAGGUUUAUAUUUUAUGUCUUUUUUCUUUUUUGGCCUUACCCUUCUUGAGGAGAUGUAGACAUAACUUGUUUUCACCCCAACUACCUGGUGCUAUUGAAUGAUACUAAUUCAGUCCCUAAAGUUCUGUGAAAACACAACCGUCUAAUGAUUUGACCAAGUAAACAGCUAAUGGUGCAUUUGAAUGAGUGGGUGCUGUAGUUGUCAGCAAGACCCUUGACUGAGCAUGUGAUGACUGGAAGAAGUUUGGAUUUUUUGGAAAUCUGGCCAAGAAAUCUUUUAGAUGACAUGUGAACCUUAAAUGGCAUUAAAUGAGUAAAGCACACAGGCAAUGCUACUCUUGACCACUGUUACGGUUUCUUUGCAGACAGUGUUCAGAUUUUCAUAUUAUUUUUCCCUAACUGAACCACCAAAGACAGAAAUGUUGUAUGUAUAUACAGUGUGUGUGCAUGUACAAAAUCAUGAUAUGGCAGAAUGCAACUACUUUUCUUUCCUACCAAAUAGAAAGAUUUGGUUUGCUGUGAAAUAAACCGGAAGUUUUAAAAACUCUGUAGUGAUUAAGCAUACUUAACCAUUCCUUGUUUGUAGACUGACUUUUAACCUUACCAAGUGAUGCCAGUUUGCAUAAAUUAAUAUCUGAAAAGACUAGAAGGCGUUGAUGGCAAGCAGCAGCUAGCGUUGCAGUGGUGCCGGCCGCAGGCAGCUUUGGAUCUGCGGAGAAUGAUUCGUUUUUAAAAGUACCCCCAUAAAGUUAAAAAAUCACACCUUAAGGGCAAUGGUUUUAAAUUUGAUCAACUAUAGUUUUGUUUAAAGUAAAUAUAAAUCAUAGAUAAAAUUAUUUUAAAUGUUAUGUUAGAAUCUAGAAAAUUUUUUCAACACUAAGCACAGUUAAUCCUCAUAUGAAAGAAUAGUUACAAGGGGGAGAUGUUACAUUUCAUCCAUAGUGAACAUUCUGAUGACAGGAGAAAAACUCAAGUAAAAGCUAUUUCAUGGUGUGUGAUAUGAAAGUAAGUAUUCCAAAGGGAUAAUCUUGCAUAUUUAGAAAAUUCCAAAUAAUCCUUCAACUGCCUUGAAAAAUGAACCUCUCUCUGUGACUACUGAUGGCAGAUUGCUUGCCCUUGGUUUUCUUGAUUUUAUGGAGUUGUUUUUAAGGGGAGAAAAAAGGGUUGGAUUGAAUAAUAAGAUAUAUUUUCUUAAGAAUUUCCCUCAGUUACACAAAACCAUCUUCGACACCUUAUCUACUGGCUAAUGUUAAGUAAAUUAGGAUGCCUUCUUCUGGUUUUUCUUCAGUACCGAAGUCUACACCUUUUCUCUCCAUUGUGUUUUGAACUCCGCAUUGCAAUACUCUGUCAUAAUGGAAUACAACUUUUAGAUAUUUACUGCUGCGGUAGGUCAGAAGUUUCAUUAUUUGGUUUGCCACAAAUGUCCACUGUAAUAUUACGUGCACCUUUUCUGAAGCAUGAACUCUGAAUUACGUUUUUAUAAAUCUGACUAGACAAACCUCUAGAUUCUGAUUUAACAACAGAUUUCUUUUGCCUCUCAGUCUCUAUUUGAACAGUGCUUUUGAAGUUUAUACAGAAAGCUUUAAAAGUUAGUUUGUGCCCUUGGUUUUUGUUCUUACAACUGCUAAAAUACCUCUGUAAGCCUUACCCUUUAUUCUUUCAAAUGUUGUAUAAUAAAUGUAUAGAAUUCAUUGACCAACUAAAAUGUUGGGUGUCUGUAAAUGAGACCAAAAUGUGGGUUGCUUUUUUUCAUAAAAUAAUUUCUAUCGGGGGUUACUGUUAAGUGAACAACAGCUAACCUAUAACUGUGAAUGCUUCGUGUCGUCAGUAUUUGCAUUACAUUCAUGGAAGUGUGCAAGUCCUGUGACUCCCAGCUUAACUAAAGUAAUGUCAUGCCACCUACCUUGAGUACAGCAAACUGGUUUUAGGUUUUAAUGGAAUUGAUGUAAAAUGAUAAUCCCAUAAAUAAAAAGUAUUUGUGUUUGGUUUCAGAA